CAGACAGCCAACCAGACGCUCAGCAGACUGCUGGUUUUAUUGAGCCACACCAUCCUGGUCCUCCAACUGGAAUCCAGUGCUGCUUGUUUCAACUCGCUAACAGUGAGUUUGAGGAAGGCAGUGGGAGGCAUCAGUCAGUCAGUCAGUGUCUGUCAGUCAAGGCAAGAUGACCCUCAACGUGCCAGGUCUGGUGGUAAUGGUGUUCUUCUACCUGCUGGUGCUGGGCAUCGGCAUCUGGGCGUCUGUGAAGUCCAAGCGGCUGCACAAGAGGAGCCAGGCGGACCGGACAGAGGUGGCUCUGCUGGGCAACAGAGGGAUCAGCCUGGCGGUGGGAGUCUUCACCAUGACAGCUACAUUUGUUGGAGGAGGCUACAUCGUCGGUAUGACAGAGGCAGUGUACACUCCAACCAUGGGACUGACAUGGGCUGUCAUACCUGUGACAGCAGCGUCGUCUUUCAUCAUUGGUGGACUUUUCUUCGCCAAGAAGAUGAGAGACAAAAGAUAUAUGACAAUGAUGGACCCGUUCCAGACCAAGUAUGGAAAUGGUAUAAGUGGAGUUCUGUCUGUGGCACUGCUGAUCUCUGACAUCAUCUGGGUUACGGGAACUCUGAUUGGAUUAGGUGCAACAAUGAGUGUAAUCCUGGAUUUGCCCUAUACGGUUUGCAUUUGGAUCUCUGCCGCAGUAGCCAUCAUCUACACACUUCUGGGAGGCCUCUACUCGGUCGCCUACACAGACAUCAUACAGCUAACCCUCAUAUUCUUCAGUUUGUGGUUAUGCGUCCCCUUCGUCCUUGUGAACCCCCAUUUAACCGACAUCACCAAGACUGCCUUCAACUUCACCUACCAGGCCCCCUGGAUUGGUUCAGUGGAUGAGGAAAGAGCAUGGAGGUGGAUUGAUAAUUUCUUAAUACUGUCUCUGGGUAACCUUGGAUAUCAGGACUUCCACCAAAGGACCCUGUCAGCUGCUUCGUCAGCCACUGCCAGGAUCACCUGUUUUAUUGCAGCUCCCAUCGUGUUCAUACUCGGAAUCCCAUCUACACUGAUUGGAGCAGCUGCAGCAUCAACAGACUGGAACAUGACCGGGUACGGCUCCCUGUCCCCUUAUGAGCGUGGAGAGGCUGGUCAAGUUCUGCCCAUUGCUCUGCAGUACCUCACCCCACAAUACAUCUCCAUCAUCGGUAUCGGAGCUAUCGCUGCUGCCGUGAUGUCAUCAACAGACUCUGCACUGUUGUCAGCCGCCUCCAUCUUCACUUCCAACAUCUACAAGAACAUGCUAAGGACCAAGGCUUCAGAUAGGGAGCUCCAGUGGGUAAUCCGUGUCACUGUGGUGGUAGUGGGCGUAGCUGGCACAGCGCUCACCAUCCUACACAACAGCAUUAUGACUUUCUGGAUCCUGGGCUCAGGCAUAACUUACACCAUCAUGUUCCCUCAACUCAUCUGUGUCCUCUACUUUGACAUCUCCAAUGGCUAUGGCUCCAUCAUGGGCUUGCUUGAUGCCGUGUUGUUGAGAGUGCUGAGCGGUGAGCCAUCAAUAGGGUUGCCUAUUGUUCUCCACUUCCCAGGUUGCACUGUCGAGGAUGGCGUAUAUGUCCAGCGCGCCCCGGUUCAGACUAUCUGCAUGUUGUCCAACAUGUUUGCCACUUUGUUGUUCUCCUACCUGGCUUCACAGCUCUUCAACAAAGGACUGAUUCCUGAGAGAUGGGACGUAUUUAAAGUGAAAACCCACAAACCACCACAGAACCUAACGCUAAUGAGCAAUGACAUCACCAGAGCAGACGAGGAGGAUAAACCUGAGGUGGUGCUGCCAUACCCCACCAGAAGCUGUUGCUCAACCGCUGUGGUUCAUCAUCCUCUGCUCACCAAACUGCCGCUGUGUUGUGUUGGUGUAAUUCCUGGUUCGGCCUUGUGGUGGCAGUAGCGCUGCAUGAAGUUGAAGUUUUGACCUCUUCUAAAGAAAACAAGGAGGUGUCCGUACAGCA